AUCCAGGCGAUCCGCAUUGUUCUGUCUACUACAACUUGCACUCGACCAUCGACGUCGAGUAGCAUUCUCAUCGUCGACGUUAACAACGACGAGCUCAUACGAAUUAUUUAGCGACAAAGUCCCAAUUCACUGGGUGUCGCUUUCUGCUCCUCGUCAUCAGUUACCCAUAGUUCUGUACUAGUUGGUUCGAGCUGUCGACGCUUUCGACUUACGACUCGCUAUGCCUCGAGCUCCCUCUGUCUCACCCGCAACAGGCCUUCCAGUUCGCCCAGAGUAUCUACAUACCAUUGAAACCAACUUUGUCGAUAAUGCAGGACGCACCAUUCUCCUGCGUGGAGUAAACUUAUCCGCUUCAGAUAAGGCACCUCUUGACCAUCCCUCUCAGGUUUUGGAUGACUUCUGGGAAAGUGCAGAGAACGGCGGAGAAAGUUUCGUCGGGAGACCCUUAAACUUGGAUGAUGGUUCGGCCGAUAUCCACCUCGCUCGUUUGAGAGGUUGGGGCUUCAACAUGCUCCGAUACGUUGUAACCUGGGAAGCAUUGGAACAUGCAGGACCAGGAAAAUACGACUACGAGUUCAUGGACUACACCAUCCGCGUACUUCGGAAGUGCAAAGAGUACGGCUUCAGAGUGUACAUAGACCCGCACCAAGACACUUGGUCACGGUACACUGGAGGUUCUGGAGCACCCUAUUGGACAUUGGCGGCUUGUGGUCUGAAUGCUCGCAAUAUCACCGCCACCAAUUCUGCUAUCGUUCACUGCGAAUAUCCUACCGCGGAAGAUCCAAAUCCCGCCGAUCUUCCCGCAAUGAUUUGGAGCACGAACUAUGGCCGUCUCGCAGUUCAAGCAUUAUUCACACUCUGGUUUGCCGGUCGUGACUAUGCACCAAAGUGUAUAAUCGAUGGCAUGAACAUUCAGGAUUACCUCCAAUCGCACUACAUUGAGGCGAUGGGACUACUCGCAGAUCGAAUACGAGACGCAGGUGAUCUAUUGGAUGAUUGUGUCAUCGGCUGGGAUAGCAUAAAUGAGCCAUUCGAAGGUUUCUGCGGCUAUCCCGACCUGAACGAAUAUCCCUCAGAACAGACUUCUACGCUCAAGAAGGGCACAUUCCCUACCCCGGCUCAGUCGUUCCGAUUAGGUAUGGGCAAGGCGCAGAUGGUUGAUACCUGGACAUUUAGCGUAUUCGGUCCGAAGAAGGGUAAACAAAUCCUCGUUGACCCUAAAGGCAAGAAACUCUGGGCCGACCCAUCUACGGAGCCUGGUGGCGUUCAUCCGAAAUGGGGAUGGAAACGAGACCCCGGUUGGAAAUUGGGUACUUGCAUUUGGGCACUACAUGGUAUUUGGGACGUGGAGUCUGGCUAUGUGAUCACACCAGACUACUUUAGGACGUCCCCGAACGACACAGAUCGAGAGGUUGUUUUCCUCAGUGAUUUCUGGAAACCACAUUGGGAGGCCUUCGGCAAACGGAUACGUCAGUCGCAUCCCGAAGCCAUUCUUUUCGUCGCACCUCCCGUAUUCGCACCUCCACCGCCUAUUAGUGAAUCUCUACUGAAAGGCCGGUGUUGUCAUUCCACUCAUUAUUACGACGGACUUACUCUCCUCAACCGCCAUUGGUAUUGGUUCAACGCUGAUGCACUAGGGAUCCUCCGAGGCAAAUACGGGUCACAUCUUCCUGCUGUCAAGAUCGGCGAGAAAGCUAUUCGACAAUCCCUCCAAGAGCAACUCGGUGUGCUCAAAGACGACGCGAAGAUAUUAGGUGCCUAUCCAACUAUCAUCGGCGAGAUUGGCAUUCCAUUUGAUAUGGAUGACAAGAAGGCGUAUGGGUGGACGGACGAUGGGAAAUACAAGGGCGACUACUCAGGUCAGCAGAAAGCCUUGGACGCGAGCUUGAAUGCUUGUGACGGUCCCAAUACACUAAAUUUCACGAUCUGGACGUACUCUCCUGACAACUCUCAUGCAUGGGGUGACGGAUGGAACAUGGAGGAUUUGAGUUUGUGGAGUCCGGACGACCUUCGAAGGAAAGCAGGCUAUCGAAUGGAGACUGGCGACUCUUCGUCUGCAGGGUUGCUGAAGAAAGUUGGGGAUUCUGCUGCGACGUCAUCACUAUCGCUUUCUACAAUACAGGCUAUACAAUCUGGCGAUGGUGCUUCCAAAAUCUCGAGAAUCUCUUCUCUGUCGCAAUGGGAAAACGCAUAUGACUUCCUAACUGACGGCGCACGGGCGUUCAAGGCGUUCUGUCGUCCAUACCCCAUUGCCACUAUUGGUACCCCGACCAACGUACAAUUCGAUAUCGCGAAAGGCGAGUUCAAGCUCACUGUCCGCGUGCGAUCGGAAGACAAGCCACGUCCAGAGGCUCUUGGUCGUGUCAAAUCCUCAUCCGAUUCUAUCUCGUCCUCGGACACCGAAGACGACGAAGAGCUGGCUACCGAAAUCUAUAUUCCUCUCGUCCAUUAUGCCAAUGACGAAGUCAUCGCUCGAUUAUCCAGUCAAGACCAAGCAGACGACGAUAAACCGAAGAGCUCUGCUGCGUCUCAGAUAUCAUCUUCCGAUACUAUUCACGAGAUCACCAGUGAAUUGAACUUCCCUCCAAGCCACGACCCAUGGUACCUGACGCUCUCACCGAAGGUGUCGAUCUCUGCACCUCUGUCGUUAUCCGUUUCAGCUUCGCAGGGUCGAUGGGCUGUCGACGGUCAGAUUCUUAAAUGGUGGUACCCUGUUCCGUCGGAAGGCGAGAGGGAAUAUACGAUUAUAGUGAAGCGUGAUGGUGGUGCUAUCAAGACUGUGCAGGAGGAGAGUCCCAGUGUUUGGGCGCAGUUGUGGGCUACGUUCUGCCCUUCAUUGACUGUAUAGAGCAUAAUGAUCUUUCUUUUCUUUUCUUUUUCCGUCUGCGCGUCCUUGGUUUAAUGUGUAUACUGCUCAUGACUUCAGUUUCAAUUUCUCAUUUGGAUUUCAUGAUUUGUACGAUAUGGACGUUCCUUGCAUCAUGGAAAUAGAACGAUGUCUCUCCCGCUGAUCCCUCUUGUCGAUUCAUUAGAGAUGUGUAGUAUCCAAUUGUGUUGCAGCAAUCCUUUCAAAACAUAUUUCUGGCCUUUUGAUUCUAACCGAUUCUGACAGGUAUUCUCAUUUCUUGGGCCACGAAAACCGCCCCAUUCUGGAUCUUCUCAAUGUGGUUCUUGGGAAGUAUGUGGGUGUAGUAUACUACUC